UGCCAAGAUGGCGUCGUCCUCCGGAUCGUCGACGGCCGGGACUACCUCCUUGGAGUUGGGGAGCAAUAGCUGCACCUCCGGUUUAGGUUUCCACUUUCUGUGCUGUGGGGCCACCCGUAAGAGAGUACAGUCAACCUACAAAAAAUCUUUGAAUACUUCCACUGAGGUAUCUGGCCCCUCUGGUCCAGUCAAGAUAGGACACAGAAGUGUUGAUCCCUCUGGGGAGACAACAUAUAAAAAGACAACCUCAUCAGCCCUGAAAGGUGCCAUUCAGCUAGGCAUUACCCAUACUGUUGGCAGUCUUAGCACCAAACCAGAGCGCGAUGUCCUCAUGCAAGACUUCUAUGUAGUGGAGAGUAUCUUCUUCCCCAGUGAAGGGAGCAACCUCACCCCUGGACAUCAUUAUAAUGACUUCCGUUUCAAGACUUAUGCCCCUGUUGCUUUCCGCUACUUCCGAGAGUUGUUCGGGAUACGGCCUGAUGACUAUCUGUAUUCCCUGUGUAGUGAGCCACUGAUCGAGCUCUGCAACUCUGGAGCUAGCGGCUUCUUCUAUGUGUCCAGUGAUGACGAAUUCAUCAUCAAGACUGUCCAGCAUAAAGAGGCCGAGUUUUUGCAGAAGUUGCUGCCAGGAUACUACAGUGUUUCCUGGGGCCCAGGUCGGGCGAUGCUCUUGGGUUUAAGGUCUUCUUUGAGAAGCCUAAGACCAGGUCGCGUGCUCAUGAACCUGAAUCAGAACCCUCGAACUCUGUUACCCAAAUUCUAUGGGCUCUACUGUGUACAGGCAGGCGGCAAGAACAUUCGAAUUGUGGUGAUGAACAACCUCCUUCCGCGCUCUGUCAAAAUGCAUGUCAAGUAUGAUCUCAAGGGCUCCACCUACAAACGUCGGGCAUCGCAGAAGGAGAGAGAGAAAGUCUUCCCCACCUACAAAGACCUGGACUUCUUGCAAGAUAUUCCAGACGGUCUCUUCUUGGAUGCAGACAUGUAUAAUGCCCUGUGCAAGACGCUACAGCGAGAUUGCUUGGUGCUACAAAGUUUCAAGAUCAUGGAUUAUAGUCUGCUGGUGGCAAUUCACAACAUGGAGCAUGCACAACGAGAGCGAGAGCGGGUGCCCACUGAAAUGGGCUCUGGGAAUGAUACCCGAAAACCAGCCCCGCAGAAGGCUCUCUAUUCCACAGCUAUGGAGUCUAUUCAGGGGGAGGCCCGGCGGGGUGGCACCAUGGAAACAGAGGACCAGAUGGGUGGCAUUCCUGCCCGAAACAAUAAAGGGGAUCGAUUGCUGCUUUAUAUCGGUAUCAUUGACAUUCUACAGUCUUAUAGGUUCAUGAAGAAGCUGGAACAUUCAUGGAAAGCUCUGGUCCAUGAUGGGGACACAGUAUCAGUGCAUAGGCCCGGUUUCUAUGCUGAGCGAUUCCAUCGAUUCAUGUGCCAGGCAGUCUUCAAGAAAAUCCCCUUGAAGCUCUCUCCUUCCAAAAAGAGUCGGAUCAGUUCAUCCCUUCGUCGAAUGGGCCCAGGUGGAAACUCCCUCUCUCCUCCCCAACUGACAGUCCCUGUCUCUGGAGAUAACAAGGCAGAAAUGACAACACAGGUGGAAGUGGAACCAGGUGUUUACUUUCGCCGCCCUGAUUUACUCCCACGAACUCCCCCUGUGGAUGAGACCAACAGUGACUCUGCUGCCACCACCCUUUCUACCUCUCCAGGCAGUGAGAAAUUCAGCACACCAGCCAACAGGUUCAUGGGCGUGCAGGUUCAUCUCCCUGUGGGCUCAAGCUCAGAGAUCCUGAGAAGGGCAAGAAACCUCAGCCUUGAUCGUUCACCUCCCUCAGAAAGAAUUGACGCCGUUGAGUCGGAAUUCAGCUGUUGAGAAAACCCCAACAGAGGACCUGGCACUUGGAAUUAGGUUCUUCCAUCAUGGUGGUCCCAAGGUGUCAGCCCCAAUCCCAGCGCUGCUCAGCUCCCCCUUUCCUUGCUAUUGAAAAGGAGGAUAGUAGAGUCUGGGAGAACUUUUCCCCAAACUCCUGAAGAGGAGCCUCUUUCCCCACCCCCAGGAUGGGCAUUAAUUAGUGCCUUAGGCAGUCCCGGCAAUGUCAUUGUGUGGAGAGCAUCCCGGAGCCCGAGUUGGGUGGCACCCAUUCUGCCCUUCCCAGCUCGGCUUCCAAAGUUGACUUUAGGACCGUAGCCUCUUCAAAAUGAAAGUAGGGCUGAUGGACUAUGCGGUUCUCUUCCACCUUCCCCGUCUCUUUUUAAAGCAACUGGACUCUGUUCCUUUGCAGCAGGCUGACUGAUGACCCCUAGCCCAGCUCUCUCCUUGGCUGCAGGAGAGGAGGUUCUCUGUAACUUUUGUAAAGGUUUCUUUGGGAAGUAGGGGUGUUCAUACCCCCUCCUUGGCUUGGAUUUUCAAAAGCUCCUCACACUCCCCCCUCCCUUUUCUUUUUUAAAAAAAGAUUUCAAGCCAAUUUCAGAACAAGAAGUUGGACCCUGGCCACCUCAGAGGUCCCAGGCAAUGAGACAUCCGGGGGAAGGAGUGCAGGCUCCCCAUAAAGAGGAGAAAGGCUAGUGAAGCACAAGACAGUGAUGACUACGACUCCAGGAGAACCCUCUUGGCAUCCUCUUCUCGGAGCAUAUUAAUGAGUUUCUCCUGUCUGAAGAAUCUGAGAUAAGAGACAAGGGCCUACAUCUCGAAACAAAACACUUACCUUGGAAGGGCCUUGGGACAAAUGGUCAGAGGCCUUCUGACCAGAAUCCCUGCUGACUGUCAGGCCACACUGAUUAUUACUUUCUGCAAUUUGAAAUAUUUUCUGGUUGUUUUCCUGAAUAUAAAGACUUAUCAAGUGAAUCUUGUAUCCUUCUUCAAAGGAUUUCCCCUCCUUGCUCUUUCUUACCUGUUACAAUGGUGUCCUGCUGUCUGGGGAACUGGGUCGGGAGGGCAGACAGCUUGGAGUAUUGUAACAGGCAGUCCUCACUGAUGAGACGGAAGAAUGUAGCGUCUCUUCCAUCUGUUCUUGAGUCGUUUGACUCUUGUGCAGUGGUGCCAUCCCUGUAUCCUCAAGAGAAGAGAGACUGGGGAGAAGGUACUUCAGACCUCUGCUCCCCAGUGACAAGUAUCCAAGCCCUCCAUCUCACCACUUUGGUCUUGUGGGGAUAACAGGGGCUGGAAUCUCAGGCAGAUUGUGGAAUCCCCAUCCCCCUUUUCCACUCCUUUCCCCUUAGGUUAGUCUGUACCCAAGUAACUGUCUAUAUUAGACACCCCCACCCCCACCUGAAGCCAGUUUCUGGCCUUCUGUCUUUGCUGCCAUUUUUUAAAUAAGAAGGAAACAGAAUUCUUGCUAUUUUUUUUCAUGAUUUACUAUUUAUGAAGUAUUUAAGUGUUUUAUUCAGGGCAAAGUUAAUCUCUAGGGGGUGGGAGGGAAACAGGAUAUUGGAGGGAGGGCUGGGUCUCUGUGGCAGGUGGAAUUAGAAGGGAAGGGGGCUCAACAUUUCUAUGAAGCGUCGCUAUCUGCCUCUACUUUGUAUUGUUCAAAAAUGGCAAAUGCAUUAUAAAAUGAUGAGUACGUGGUUUUAAUGUAUUAAAACUUUUAUCAGUUAUUUUAAUCCCUUUUAAAAAGCUUUUUGUCUUUUUCCUUCCUGAUACUCUUUUGCCACUCUCCCUUCCACAUACUUCAUUCAGGUGGCCCCAAGCUGUUGCCUUCCUUCUUUCUAUUGCUCAGAUAUCCUCAGCCUGCCCUAUCCAGGGCCUCUUCGUCUGGCCUUAGCUUAUUGCCAAACUUCUGGUAGAAGCUGCAUUAUAACCUUGUAUUCCAUGCCCCAUUUUAGGGGAGGACACAGUUAUUGGGCUAGAUGGAUGGAGGGAACUUUACCCCACUAAUGCUGGUUUUAGAUGUUGGAAUGCUUCCUGCUCUGAAAAGUUUCCUUUCUCCUCAGCCCAAUUUUCAUUUCCAAGGUGCCUGAAGCACCUUCUUCCUCUGCUGGUCUGAACCUGAGCUCUUACUACCUGCUUAGAAUAAGACAGGUGGAGAAAAAGGGAAAAAAAAAAGGCAAGUUCUUUCUGAUCCAAUCUUUGGAUUGAAUGAGCCAGGUUGAAAGCCACUACUUUCUUCUCUACAACACCCCUCAACAAAUACUGUUUUUGUUUUUGUUUUUUUUUGGUGAGGCAGGUGGGGUUAAGUGACUUGCCCAGGGUCACACAGCUAGUAAGUGUUAAGUGUCUGAGGCCAGAUUUGAACUCAGGUCUUCCUGAAUCCAGGGCUGGUGCUCUAUCCACUGUGCAACCUAGCUGCCCCCCCUCAACAAAUAUUGAACACCUGAUAGUUGUUUGUUUCUCCUUCCUUCUAGAAGAGGACCAAUGACAUCAGGAGGGGGCAAAGCUGUGCAGUCACCAGCCUCACUCUCCUCCAGGGUCAUCAGAAUCUAGUGGCAAGACAUAGGUCAGGAAGACUUGCCAUGGCCCUGGAUGCAGUGGGAGACCUUGGUCUCUUGAAGCUAAGGUCUUUCCUAGGUCUGUUUGAGGCAGUGCCCAUUCUAUGAUUAAAGUGAUAAAGAAUAAGGUAAGAAUUGAGGCAAAAGUUGGCCUAGUUUGCCUUCUCAAAGGAAUCAGUCUGAGAAGGGAAGACACAACUAAUGUAUGCAUAAUAUGCAUAACAUCAAGGACUUUUCAGUCUAAUUGGGAAGCAAAAGAGAGACAAAUGAAUUUUUAAAUAUUAGAAGGCAGUUUGUAAGUGCCUACGUGUCACUAUUUUGCACUUUUAGACUCCGUUGCUGAUUAAAAAAAAAAAAAGCUUGGGAGUUCAUAACAAGGGUUAGGUCUCUGGAGAAUGUUCUUUCCCCUCCCCACCCCCCCUGGGGCAAUGAGGGUUAAGUGACUUCCCCAGGGUCACACAGCUAGUAAGUGUCAAGUGUCCAAGGCUGGAUUUGAACUCAGGUCCUCCUGAAUCCAGGCCAGGUGCUUUAUCCAUUGCACCACCUAGUUGCCACUCCGGAGAAGUUUUGAUGCAGAUAUAUGGGAACUGGGUCUUGACAGAGAAGCAGGGUUUGGAAGUAAAGGGGUACCCUAAGAAUAGAUGUUCAGAGGGAAUAAUAAAUGUGACACAGAAGAGGCUGACUGAACAGUUUGGACAGGUAAGCCAGAUUAUCACAGGCUUUGAUGCCAAACUGAGAAGUUUGGACUUUAUCCUGUAGACAAUGUAAGGCUUUUUGAGAAGGGAAAGAGAUGUUCAAAAUAACAUUUGAGGAAGCAAUCUUUUGGUGUACAAGAAGGCUCAGGGAAAAGAUAGCAAUCCAGGAUACAUUGAGUGAUUUAAGGUUUGCUAAGGACUUUGCCUACAACCCCACAAGAUAAUUCGUGUAUUAUCUUCAUUUUACAAAUUGUGAAAGCUAUCACUUUCAAGGGAUUAAAUCCACCCAGUUGUGGGGAAGCUUCUAAAGCAGGGUUCCUGACUCAAAUCCAUUGUUUUCCCCACUACACUUCACUACUUCUCAGGAAGGUGCUGCUGUAAAAUCGAGGUGAGAGAUGAUCAAGGCCUAAAGGAGGGUGUUGGUGUUGGAAAUGGAAACGAAGGGGGAGAUUGCAGAAGCAUUUGGAGAAGGGGCCACCCCACUGACAGAGGGCAGCUCAGACAGUGAUGAGGCUCCUCAAGCUUUAGUCUCUUCAUCUUAAAUUGAGAUGAUAUAUAAAUGUCAGUUACUAAUUGUUUCUCUUGGUGCGGUGGCAAGGAAGCUCAAUUUAGGAUGGAAGGACUCGAGUUAGACACCAGCUCUGCCACUUACCACCUGUGUGUCCUUAACACAAAUCUUGUCUUUAUACCUUAGUUUCCCUCCUUUUACAGGUGAAGAAUGAAACUCAACAGCUCAAAAUCUAGAUUCUUUUCAUUACCUACAGCCGAAGAUGACUUGUGAGAUUGGAUAAGGCCAAACACUUGGCCUCAGCCCUUCUGAUUAGCUAAGGAGAUCAAUUUUUCACUCAAAAGAAAAAAAAAUUAGUCAGAGGAAGCACACUCCUUUGUUUAAUUUCUUUGACCUUCUUGGGUUCCUUUUGUUAUGCUGCUUCUUGCUCUGAAUGGGCAACUUGGAAGGGGUUUGGCCAACCCAUGGGUAUUUCUUUCAUGUCUCAGAGGAGCCCUCCAGUGGUCAGCAACAAUACCUACUAUUUAUUUGGCUGUCAAUUAUACUGUUUGUAUGAAGGAUCAAGUCCUAACAUGUCAUCUUGGGACUGAUAAGCAUAUAUAAAGAUUGGAAAAGUUAAUAUGUCAUGAGGAUAGAAGUCCUUUGAAAGAUCAUGCCUUUAUGAUCAAAGCUUUACUUUUCCAGUGUUUUAUAUCUAAAUUUUUCUAUCCAAAUUCUUAUAUCCAACCAAAAUUCCUCCUCAGUUGACUCAAAUUAAUUUCCUUUUCAAAUCUUUCAAGGGCAGAAAACAACUGGCUUAUCAUCCUUGUUAAAAUCCCAUGUACUUUGAAUUUCUACUCCCAGCGAAGACAAUAGUCACCCUUUAGACUUCUCUAGGUUAUUCCAUUACAAACUUUAUUUUCCAUCUCUUCAUAUUUUAAUCUUUUUAUUAUUUCUGUUGUUUUUACAUCACCUUUGUUUUGGAAUUGAUCCUUCCCCUUCCUCUACCUAUCAUCCCCGGUAACAAAGAUUUUAAAGAAGGGACAAAAGCUAUUCUGCAAAAGCAACCAACACAGCAAUGGUUCCUGACUAUAUGUGCAGUAUUCCACAACCAGUUACCCCAUCCCUUGGAAGAGAAGAGGAAGGUGUGUUUUCUCAACUCUUCAUUUGGGUGAAGUGAGCAGAAAGAACAAUUAAUAAUGUUCAUAGUAACACCAUUGUAAAAAACAACUUUGAAAGAAUGAAGAACUCUGAGCAACUCAAUGACCAACCACGAUUCUCAGUGGACCCUUGAAAUACACUUCUCACCUCCUGACAGGGAGGUGGUGCACUUGGAGUACAGAUCGAGAAACAUUUUUGUAUAUGUCCAUGUGGAAAUGAGUUCUGCUUGACUAUACAUAUUUGUUACGAGGGUUUUUCCCCUCUUUUUCAAGGGGAUGGUGGUGGGAGGAAUAGAAGGCAGACAAUGAAUAAUUGAAAAAAUAAAAUUUAAUUUAA